UUCAGAUGUAUGAUGGGCUAAGCAAUGGGAUCUCAUAUAAAGAUCCAUUUGAUUGUAUACAUGGCACACCAUUUGUUUACGAAGAGAUGAUGGAUUGCAGAUUCCGUAUUUCUCCUGCAGCAUUUUUCCAAACAAAUACUCUAGCAGCAGAAUUGUUGUACCAAAAAUGUGGUGACAUCAUUAAAGAAUUAUAUGAAUCAAAAGAUACAUCAGAGUCGCCGACAUUGAUAGAUAUGUGUUGUGGAACGGGAACAAUCGGCAUCGUUUUAUCAAAAAAUUUGGGUGCUACAAUCAAAGGAGUCGUUGGAAUUGAACUCUGUGAGGAGGCUAUAGAAGAUGCCAAAAUAAACGCAUCUCUGAAUGGAAUAAAUAACGCCAAAUAUAUUCUUGGACCGGUUGAAAAAAAUUUAUCCGCCUUGAACGAAUUCAAUCAUGGUACUUCUGGGACCGCUAUAGCAAUUGUAGAUCCACCACGUGCGGGAAUUCAUAAGAAUGUCAUUAAUGCACUUCGUACAUGUCAGGCAAUCGAACAUUUGAUUUAUAUUUCAUGUGAUCAUAACGCGGUUGUUCAGAAUUUCAUGAAUAUCUGUCGACCUACUAGUAAUGCCUUUCCCGGAAUACCGUUUAAGCCCGUUAAAGCUAUCGGAGUAGAUCUUUUCCCUCAUGCUAAACAUGUAGAAUUGAUAAUUGAAUUUCACAGAAAUAGAAGCGAGUUAACGAAUUUGCCUAGUACUUCAUCAAUAUUACAAAAUAAUGAAACAGAAUAG